AAUGUCCCAGCCAACCCUAAACUCCAGCUUCAGUGGCAUCAAUUUCGCUGGAAUGAACCGUGGCACCAGGCUCUCCUACAUGAGCCUUCGAGCAGCAUCAGGGGAUAACAGCGUUAAUGAGGAGAGACUAUCAGCACCGAGUGUGCACGGUGGUAGCUCCAGAGGAAGCUUAACGAUGGAUCAAAGUUCCGCGAGGCUCUCGCAGCCGGAUGUGCGACGGUUCACGUUGCGACACGAGGCCCCGGCGAAGAGGGAACGUCUUUCUCAGCCAACUCUGAUGAGUGGCGAUUAUCAGCCUGGUCGUGGACAACAGAGACUAUCUCAACCUUGUCUAAGUACAGGGAAAGAGCUCAAUCUGCCCACGAUGGUGUUCCAUUCGCCCUCGCCGCCGCCAAUCAAGCACAAAAGAUUCUCUCCAGCCAUACACGCCAGUCAAAGGGACAGACUAUCACAGCUGGACUUUGGUGCUAAAUAUAGAAACUUCAAAGAGUCCGCCACGACGAAAUUUAACCGUGACAGGUUCUCGAUACCGGAGCUGGAGACGCAGAACGAUCUCAAGCUGAUAGCUGGCACGCCCAAGCAGAGGUUCAGCCUGGACAGCCAGCUGACGCGAAGCCAGGAUGUAACACGGUCCAGAUUGCUACCUAUCGCUAGUUCACCCAUCAGCGAACACCAGCAGACUAAGCUGGACGAGCCAACUGGGAUCCCUGGAUGUAUGCUCAAGAGUCCAACAAAAGAAGGCCUUGGAAGCGUGCUCGUGGCAACCGCCACUCCAAUAUUACCUGCGUAUGAGAGACAAUUACUAUCCUCCGAGUUGCUUUCGAUCAAGAAGAGCAUUGGAACAGGCUCGACCGCGAGCAAACUCCCCCCAAUCUCACCUAUUCACACCAGAGAGAGGAUGUCGGUGCCAGAGAUAAGGAACUCGAGUCUACGCCGAUUGCUCGAUCCUCCGACCAGACAAAGGCACAGCAUCACGGGCAACCUGAGACAGAGCAUCAUCACGCCGCUCAAGCCACUCGACUUUGGCAAGAAAUCGCCGAAGCAUCUGUUCGAGGAAGCUCUGGAGAGAUUCAGGAGGGACGAGAAAGAGGAGAACCGCAAGAAUGAGAUGUCUAACUCUGAGACCAUCGUCGACAUUGUCGACGGGCCCAAACAUAUACAGAAACACUAUUCGUACACUUACGAGAACACUGACGAGAGCUCCACGCUGCUCAGGAAGAUAAGCGUGUCCGCGAUACCGAAGAAGAAGUAUUUAGAAAGCAAUUUCGACGAGAACGAGCAGGUGAUCACGACUGUGAUCGAGACAGACGUGCCCAUGAUAAUGGCCAGUCCAAAAUAUACUAAGAAAUCGUCCUAUUCGAGCGACACUCCUAAGUGGAUCAGGAAGUACUUGGAGAACGAAAGUCCAAAGGUGGGGAGGAAAACAACUAUUAACAAGAAGGAGAGCAGGAGGAACAGUCGAAGGAAAAGCUCGUUGGAGUCGAUGGAAGGUGAUAAGGUUUCAGAUAAGGUUCGCUCCAAGUCGGUUGGUAGCAGCGAUAGAAACCCUAUGGUGAAGAACACCGUUCUGCAGUCUGAGUCGAAGAACAUGAAGAACACCUACGUGAGGAUCGUAUCCUCUAGCAACGCCGUGCGCGAAAACAAGUACGAGGUGAAGGUGGAGAACAAUUGGACCGAUGGAAAUGGAUUGUACGACAACGAGUGCGAGGACACCGACUCCGACGAUUCCACGUCCAUUUAAAUUAAAAGAAUGAUAUACCUAGGGUCAACUGAACAAAGGGAUGUGAAAUAAAAAUGCGAGGAAACAAAAAUAAACGCUUACAACAGAGUUAAAUUACAUUUACGAAUUGAUGCAAGGGAUUUAAAAAAAAAAAUAAAAAGAAUUUUUAGAUUCUGUACUUAAACCGCUCGAAUUUAAACUGUAACCUGAAACAGACAAAAUCGGUGGCUGAUACUGAAUGCUUUUAUUUAGUUCAAACAUUCGUUGAAAGAGAACAUAGAAAAAAGGAGGAACAAUACCGAAUACGGACCACGCAUUAUGAGAUAACUCGACCAGCCUAAACACACAUCUUGAGAGCGAAAUAAGUUAACGAGCUUCAACUAAAAUAUUUUCUCAUAGACUUGUAUAUAUCGUGAACUCGACACAGAGAUUUCGAAAAACAGAGAGUACAUAUAUAUAACAGGUUGUUCCAUUCUUCAUGAACUCGCGUAUCUCUAUUGUAACCUUGAAGAUUACUUUCAGUAAUAGCAGAGAUCGUUUAGUUGCUCGUGAUAAAUGAACCUGUAUAUAUUUAUAACGAGGACCUCUGAAUCUCGACGCAUUAUAUUAAUUUAAAUCGAGCUAGGAAACGUUGACUUUUACCAAAGUAAAACUAAGGUAUCGUGUAAAUAAUCGAAUUAUAUUCGCUUGUACUAGCAUCGCUAAAUGUUUACUAUGAGUAUAGUUAGCAAAUUUUGGAAGAGGACAGGAAUAUAAAUUUCUAGUUUACUUCCAUUAUAAUUUUUGAACAUUUACUGCUGUGGAUGAAAAGUCAGAUAUGUUUUAGCUAUGUUAUCAGCGUAUAAAAAAAACAUUAGCCAAAUAUUCCACUGAUUGCCAUGAUUUUACAGUAAUAUAUGUUAAAAAAUUAUUUUCUUUCGAUACUAGUCAUCAAUGAGAUUCAUGUGUAAAUACAGACACCGUCUCAAACACCUACUAACGAUUGUUGCAUAGCAUUAAUAUGGUUUCAAUUCUUAUCAGAGAAUAAUUAUAAGCAUCUGUCGAGACGAUAAUGCCAUUCGAAUAGUCUUCUAGAAAAAGAGAAACUUUGUACUCUCCUAUGCAAUUAUACUACCAAAGACUCAUUUGUCACAUAAAUAUUAUAUUAUAUUAUAUAACGACAUUAUAAUGCUAUGAUAUUAUAACAUUGGGACAUAAUCAGUGUAAUGUUAUGAUAUCGUAAAUUGAGUAUGAAUGUAAUGUUGAGGUUAUGAUUGUGAAACUUAGUUACCAUUUAUCGUUAGCUUAAAAAAAAAAGAUAGUUCUUUAUGUAUAUCAUUUAAUAUAAAAGAAGUUAUAUAUUAAAAUGUAAUCAACAUGAAAAGUAUAUAAAGUGUAUUUAAUUUUUAA